AUGGAUCACAAGUGUAGUUAUGUAGUUAAAGCACCAGCCAGACAUCUAAUCUAUGAGAAUUUCCAUGUCAAGGAGCAUUCUACAACUAAAACUUCUUUUGAAAAAACAAUUUUCACCAUAUUUGAAGCUCCGAAGUGCAAGUACUCAAAUAUGAAUAAGAAAAGGAUAGAUCUUCCCCUGGCAUCCCGCAGGUUUAAAGCACUACUAACAGCUGUUUUAUCUAAUGGCCAAUUUUCUGCUUGUGGAGAACUAAUGUACCAGUGUCGCUGUAGUUAUAUUGCUUUUGGACUUGGGUCUGUUGGAAUGGAUAAGCCAAUUCAGCAAAAGUACAAAGCUACCAGAGGAUGCAUCUGUUUUCGAAUGUUGUUCUCCAGAGACUGGAUCACUGGAAUAUCUGAGCUUAUAACUGUAGCACGCUUGGCCACUGGCUCUUGCAGCAUGGCUUUCUCGGCUCUUGAGUUCACUGUUCGAAGAAGAGAACCUGAACUGAUAGUUCCGGCUAAACCCACACCGUACGGAUCUAAAUUCUUGUCGGACAUUGAUGAUCGAAAAGGUCAUCGCUUCCAUACACCUACUAUUCAUUUUUAUAGAAACAAGAGGGAUAUUUGUAUGGCUAGUACUUGCAAGAUAGAUAACAUUGUCGAUGUCAUUAAGAAGGCAUUAGCAAAUACACUUAUUUUUUACUACCCAUUUGCGGGUAGGCUUAGAGAAGCUCCUGGAGAAAAGCUACUUGUAGAAUGCACUGGUCAAGGUGUGUUGUUUGUCGAGGCUGAUGCUGAUUUUAGUUUCAGUCAAUUGGGUGGUGAUUUCUUAAAACCUCCAUUCCCUUAUUUGGAACAGCUUGUUUAUGCCCCGGCUGAAGCUGAAGAUAUCCUCCACUGCCCUUUGUUAUUCAUACAGGUGACCAGACUUCUGUGCGGCGGGUUCAUCAUUGGAUUUAGCAAUAACCAUACUAUUUGUGAUGCGCAAGGUUUACACCAAUUCAAGACGGCUCUAGCUGAAAUUGCUCGAGGGGAAUCCUAUCCAUCUAUUCUUCCGGUGUGGGAAAGAGAAUUACUGAAUGCUCGAGACCCACCACAAGUUACGUUUGCACAUCAAGAGUAUGAUGUUAUAGCAAAUUAUAAAGAAAAAUUUACAUCCCUUGAUGACAUGGUUCAGCGCUCUUUCUUUUUUGGCCCCAAGGAAUUGACAGUUCUAAGACAACGUGUACCUCCUCACCAGAAAGCAUGCACCACCUUUGAGUUCCUCACAGCGUGGUUGUGGAGAUGUCGCACAGUUGCAAUCGGAUAUGAUCCUAAGGAAGAAGUACGUGUGGCAAUUGCCGUUAAUACACGUGGGAAAUUUCAUUCACCAUUACCAACAGGAUUUUACGGCAACGCGGUUGCAUAUCCUGUGGCAGUAUCAACAACAGAGAAGUUGAUCCAAAAUCCCUUGAGUUACGCACUGGAGUUGGUGAAGAAAGCAAAGGAUGAAGUGAAUGAAGAAUACAUAAGAUCAACAGCGGAUCUAAUGUCAAUAAAAGGGCGGCCUAUCAUUUCUACGGUGCGGACCUAUUUUGUGUCAGAUUUGAGACGUGUGUGGAAUGCUGAUGAGGUUGAUUUUGGGUAUGGAGAAGUAGUGUACGGUGGGCAAGCAAUAGGUAAUAAACCAACUUCAAAUCAUUGGAUGUCAAGUUAUUAUAUGUCCCACAAGAACAACAAAGGAGACAAAGGUAGUCUAGUAUCAGUUUGUUUGCCGACUCUUGCGAUGAAGAAGUUUGCUGUUGAGAUUGAAAGCCUGCAUGAUGAUUAA